AAGAGUUUGGGAGAAAUCAUGGCCGGUUGUCAACCGUGUUCCCGGCCUGAGGACCAGAGCCCACAGCCCAGCUCCUCGGGGUACCCCCUGCGGGCAGUAAUGGGUGAAGAAAGCCCAGGACCAUCAGCCCCCCGGGUAGACCCCCAUCCCCCGCCUCCCUCCUGUGGCUGGAAGAGGAGAAGGGAGGAGUCAGAGGAGGAGACAGCCCCAGGGGCUGAGGACGUCUGGGUCGUGGAGAGGCUGUGUGGACUCAAGAUGAAGUUGAAGAGACAGCGGUUGUCUUCAGUGCUGCCUGAGCACCAUGAGGUUUUCAACAGGCUGCUGGAAGAUCCUGUCGUUAAAAGAUUCCUGGCCUGGGACAAAAACCUGAGGGUAUCUGACAAGUAUCUCCUGUCUAUGGUCAUAGCUUACUUCAGCCGUGCUGGCCUCUUCCCCUGGCAGUUCCAACGAAUCCACUUCUUCGUAGCACUCUACCUGGCCAAUGAUAUGGAAGAAGAUAACCAGGCCCCCAAACAGGCCAUCUUUUCAUUCCUGUACGGGAAGAACCGCUCCCAGCGUUCCUUGUUUCACAAACUGCGGUUUCAAUUCAUCCGAUCCAUGGGCUGGAAGACCAGGGUGUCCCGGGAAGAGUGUGAGGAGAUCCAGGCUUUUGAUCCAGAGCUGUGGGUGUGGGGGCGAGAUCGCACCCUCAUGCCCUAGAGUUCCCGGGACCACGGAGGCCUGAGGUCAUCGGCCUGAGAGAAGAGUCCAGGGGAGAUGCAGGUUUUCAGCAGGAAGUCCAUCUGGAUGCUAAUGACAGGCCUGAGGAAGGAAGAGAGGAGUCUCUUGUACAGAUAAUCUGGAAGAACCUAGAACCUUCUAGAAUGAGCUGAAUAGAGUUAUCACACUGUAUUCCUAGGAGUUGGGGGCACGUCUAGGAGUCCAUGGAAGGACAAUGAGAAACCAGGGUUUUGUUCAGGGUCUGUCCCUUCCCAGGGCACCACCAAAUAUUUCAGAUUGUUUUAAUUCAAAUCUCCUCUGAGGUAGAAGUUGGAGGGCCCGUUUUUUAUGCACUGGGACACAGAUUAGGAGGGAAGUACUUCAAAAAUGUAAAAUUAGAGCCAAAGGAUUGUUUGUGAUAGAUAGCCUAACAAUAUGACGUAAAUUUCAUUGGUUUAUUUUGAAAGUCUUGCCCUUAGAAUGAUUAUAUUUAUUUUUAUACUCUAUGUUUAUGUAUUUAUUUUAAAUAGUUCUGAAAUAGUCAUACUUUUCAAAACAUGCUGUUCCUACAAAGUUUGUGAUGAGAUUACAGGUGUUACAUAUAUGUAAAUAUAAUUUUGUUUACAUUUUCAGGAUAGGUUUUGUGUUAUUAUAUUUAUAUAAUAUAUCAAUUAUAAGCAGAUGGAUAGUUCUCUCAAGUUCUUGUAACUACAUUUUUAAUUGACAUUUACUCUUCAUUAUUCAAUUGUGAGAAUUCAGUUGUAAUUUUUUAACUUGCCUUGAUGACACAUUUGUAUGUUAUUUUAGAUUAUUAAAGAGGAUACCACAGUGUGUAUCUUGGGGAAACAUAAUAAAGAUAAAAAGUCUUCUUA